UGGGUAGCGCGGAGGACGCAGUCAAAGAGAAACUGCUGUGGAACGUGAAAAAGGAGGUGAAGCAAAUCAUGGAGGAGGCUGUCACCAGGAAGUUUGUGCACGAAGAUAGCAGCCACAUCAUUGCUUUGUGUGGUGCAGUAGAGGCUUGCCUCUUGCAUCAGUUGAGACGCCGUGCCGCUGGCUUCCUGCGCAGUGACAAGAUGGCAGCUCUAUUCACCAAGGUGGGGAAGACGUGCCCGGUGGCUGGGGAGAUUUGCCACAAGGUACAGGAGCUGCAGCAACAAGCAGUGGUCAGGAAACCCUCAGGGGGCAGCCAGGAGGCCCUGCGGAGACAGGGCUCAGCCAGCGGGAAGGCCCCAGCCCUCAGCCCACAGGCCUUGAAACACAUAUGGGUACACACAGCCCUCAUCGAGAAAGUUCUUGACAGGGUUGUGCAGUACUUGGCUGAAAACUGCAGCAAGUACUACGAGAAGGAGGCAUUACUGGCAGACCCUGUAUUUGGCCCAAUCCUGGCUUCUCUUCUAGUGGGACCCUGUGUCUUGGAAUACACUAAGCUCAAGACAGCUGACCACUACUGGACUGACCCCUCUGCUGAUGAGCUGGUCCAGAGGCAUCGUAUUCGGGGUCCCCCAAAUCGCCAAGACUCCCCUGCAAAGCGCCCAGCCCUAGGAAUCCGGAAACGGCACUCAAGUGGCAGUGCAUCAGAGGACAGGCUAGCUGCCUGUGCCCGUGAGUAUGUGGAGUCCCUGCACCAGAACUCAAGAACGCGACUGCUCUAUGGCAAGAACAAUGUGCUGGUGCAGCCGAAGGAGGACAUGGAGGCUGUCCCUGGCUACCUUUCCCUGCACCAGUCUGCAGAGAGUCUAACUCUGAAGUGGACUCCCAACCAGCUCAUGAACGGGACUCUUGGGGACUCCGAGCUGGAAAAGAGUGUUUACUGGGACUAUGCCCUGGUGGUGCCUUUCAGUCAGAUCGUCUGCAUCCACUGCCACCAGCAAAAGAAUGGUGGCACACUUGUGCUGGUGAGCCAGGAUGGCAUCCAGAGGCCACCACUGCACUUCCCACAGGGAGGACACCUGCUGUCCUUUCUGUCCUGUCUGGAGAAUGGGCUGCUGCCUCGAGGACAGCUAGAGCCCCCGCUGUGGACCCAGCAGGGGAAGGGGAAGGUGUUCCCCAAGCUACGGAAACGAAGCAGCUUGCGGUCUGUGGACAUGGAGGGGAUGGGCAUGGGGCGGGCCACAGACUACGUGUUCCGGAUCAUCUACCCCGGGCACAGGCAUGAGCACAUCACUAUUAACUACCACCACCUAGCGGCCAGCCGAGCGGCCUCGGUGGACGAUGAUGAGGAAGAGGAGGAUAAACUACAUGCGAUGCUCUCAAUGAUCUGCUCGCGGAACCUCACAGCUCCCAAUCCGAUGAAAGAUGCUGGUGACAUGAUCGAGAUGCAGGGCUUUGGGCCCAGCCUACCAGCCUGGCACCUGGAGCCUCUGUGCAGUCAGGGCUCCUCCUGCCUUUCCUGCUCUUCCUUCAACUUCCCAUAUGCAACACCCAGCCACUGCAGCUGUGUCCCCGACCGGUUGCCCCUCAGGCUACUGUGUGAGAGCAUGAAGAGGCAGAUUGUAUCCCGGGCCUUCUACGGCUGGCUGGCAUACUGCCGCCACCUGUCCACAGUGCGUACCCACCUGUCAGCACUGGUGCAUCACAACAUUAUCCCACCCGACCGGCCCCCGGGGGCCUCGGGAGGCCUCACCAAGGAUGUGUGGAGCAAGUAUCAGAAGGACAAAAAGAACUACAAGGAGCUGGAGCUGCUGCGGCAAGUUUACUACGGAGGUGUGGAGCACGCGAUCCGCAAGGAUGUCUGGCCCUUUCUUCUUGGCCACUAUAAGUUUGGUACGAGCAAGAAGGAGAUGGAGCAGGUGGAUGCAGUGGUGGCAGCAAGGUACCAGCAGGUGUUGGCAGAGUGGAAGGCCUGCGAGGUGGUGGUGAGGCAGCGGGAGCGGGAGGCUCACCCAGGACUCACCAAGUUCUCCUCGGGCAGCAGCAUCGACAGCCAUGUGCAGCGCCUCAUCCACCGAGAUUCCACCAUCAGCAACGAUGUGUUUAUCUCUGUGGAUGAUAUGGAGCCCCCAGGGCCCCAGGGCCCUGAAGAUUCCAGGUCAAAGCCGGAGGAACCAGGAGCUGGGACUCCAGGCACCGCCGUGGUGGAGCAGCAGCAGUCAGUGGAGUUUGACUCUCCAGACUCAGGACUGCCAUCCUCUCGCAAUUACUCUGUGGCCUCAGGCAUCCAGUCGAGCCUAGAUGAGGGGCAGAGCGCGGGCUUCGAAGAGGAAGACGGCGGUGGGGAUGAAGGCUCCAACAGGCUGGUUCCUGCAGCCCACGCUUUCUCUGAGCCCCACGAUGCCGGCCAGGAGACGGCUUCUCGGGCCAGAGAGCUGGAGGCAGGGGAGGAGCUUGCGGCUGUGUGUGCUGCUGCCUACACUAUAGAAUUACUGGACACCGUGGCCUUAAAUCUGCACCGCAUAGACAAGGACGUGCAGAGAUGUGACCGCGACUACUGGUACUUCACGCCCCCCAAUCUCGAGAGACUCAGAGACAUCAUGUGCAGCUAUGUGUGGGAACACCUGGACGUGGGCUAUGUGCAGGGCAUGUGUGAUCUGCUGGCACCUUUGCUGGUCAUCCUGGACAAUGAUCAGCUGGCCUACAGCUGCUUCAGCCACCUCAUGAGGAGGAUGAGCCAGAACUUCCAAAAUUGGGGCACCAUGGACACCCAUUUUGCCAAUAUGCGCUCCCUCAUCCAGAUCCUGGACUCAGAGCUGUUUGAACUGAUGCAUCAGAAUGGAGACUACACCCACUUCUACUUCUGUUACCGCUGGUUCCUGCUAGAUUUUAAGAGAGAGCUGCUGUAUGAGGAUGUGUUUGCUGUGUGGGAGGUGAUCUGGGCUGCCAGGCACAUCUCAUCGGAGCAUUUUGUCCUGUUCAUCGCCCUUGCCCUGGUGGAGGCCUACCGAGAGAUUAUCCGUGACAACAACAUGGACUUCACUGACAUCAUCAAGUUUUUCAAUGAACGGGCUGAGCAUCAUGACGCCCAGGAGAUCCUGCGGAUUGCCCGGGACCUCGUCCACAAGGUGCAGAUGCUCAUAGAGAACAAGUGAGAGUUGGGGCCUAGAGGCACCUGGACUCCAGCAGGGAGAGGUGCAGGGGUAUCGCAGCGCAGACUGUCCCAAGCCCCAGCUGACCCUGCCUGCCCAACUGUGUCCUCAACAAAGUGAUUGUGAGCCUGAAAUCUGACUCUGGGUGGUGCUGACCCUGCAGAGAAAGUCGAGGGCCAGGAUGCCCUCAGAUCAGGGCUGAGAUGGGAGGAUCGGCCUCAGGGAGCACCUGCCUUGGGGAAUACCUCCUCUGCUCCCCUCUCAAACAUCUGGGAAUAGCCCCACAGCCUGGACUGUUGCCCAUGAGUCAAUCGGGGCCCUGUAAAGUUAGCAGGGGCUAUAGUGGCCUGGGCCUUACCUAGCAAGGGUUGCAUAGAGCAGGGGGCUCUGUGCUGUUCUCAUCUGGGAGUCCCUUUGCAGACCCAGUGCAUUGUGGAUGCAGCCCCAGUGAGAGCACCCAGAACAGCUGCCAGUUCAGGCACGUGUCCUGGGUGCAGGAGACCUGGGCUAACUUCCAGGCCCUCCUCUGAGACUUCUGGGGCCCUGAGAUUUCAGAGAAUGUG